AUGAGCAAGGUGCAGGUUCAUCACCCUUCAGAGGAUAAGGUGGGUGGUCUUUAUGCAAGGAAUGAGGGGGCCAUAUAUCAGUGCAGAGCCGCGUUGGGAGAUGUCAGACGCAGCCAUCCUCGAGACGUCACACAUGCUACAUCCAGCUUCAUGCACGAGUCAGAAACAACCGCCUCUGGAAGAGGCUGCAUCAUCCUCGACACAACUUGCCCUGUUUACGAAGACAGAACACAUCACAUCAUGUCUGGGAGUCCUCGGAAGGUGUCAGAUGAAGGUGAAGCCACCGCAGCAUCAGAGCUGAUAACUGCGACAUUUUUGUAUGCUUGCAUGACUACCAAGGCCAUGGCAUGUGGUGAUCUGAACUUGGACAUCCAACCAAUUGUCUCAAGAUUUGCAGUGAUUGAUCAACAUGUGCUUUUCACAUGUAUGCCAUUCAUCGUUGUGACCAAUACAGAACGCCGUGCAGUUUACAAUGCUUAG